UGGGCAGUAGGUGCCCAUGAACCACACCGAGCUGAGUGCAGCGCAGCCUAGCCCCGGCCCACCUGGCGCCAGGUAACAGGUACCCCAGCGUCCACCUAGAAGCGAUGAACCCGUCUGCUCUGAGCUAAAGAUCUGGUCCCUUGCUAGGCCCCUUCACCGCCCCCACUGCUCGGCAGGAUGAGGGUCUGGAAGGCUGUGGCCAUCACAGGGGUCUUCAUGAGUGUGGACGUGGGCAUCACUACGGUGCUCUAUGUCUUCAGUCAUCGGGACCGGGGCGUGCUGCAGGACCUGAGAGACUUCAACAUCUUCGACUCGGUGCUGGACCUCUGGGCCGCCUGCCUGUACCGGAGCUGCCUGCUUCUGGGGGCCACCAUCGGUGUGGCCAAGAACAGCGCCUUGGGCCCCCGGCGGCUCAAAGCCGCCUGGACCUUCAUCAUCCUGGUGUGCCUCUUUGUGGGCAUUUACACCAUGGUGAAGAUGCUCCUCUUCUCUGAGGUACGCAAGCCCAUCCGGGACCCCUGGUUCUGGGGCCUCUUUGUCUGGACCUAUGCCUCCAUCGGGGCCACGUUCUUCCUCUGGUGGCUGCUAUCCACCGUGCGUCCGGGCCACACGGUGCUGGAGCCAGGGGCACCGGGCGAGGGUGUGGGCUACCCCACAGAGGGGCAGCCAAAGCAGGAGGAGACAUCAGGGGCCACGCUGCAGAAACUACUGUCCUACACUAAGCCUGACCUGGCCUUCCUGGUAGCUGCCUCCUUUUUCUUGGUGGUGGCAGCUCUUGGAGAAACAUUCCUUCCCUACUACACUGGCCGGGCCAUCGAUGGCAUUGUCAUCCAGAAGAGCAUGGACCAGUUCUCCACGGCCGUGGUCAUCCUAUGCCUCCUCGCUCUUGGCAGCUCAUUUGCCGCAGGUAUUCGGGGCGGCAUUUUUACACUCAUCUUUGCCAGACUCAACAUCCGCCUCCGUAACUGCCUCUUCCGCUCCCUGGUAUUGCAGGAGACGAGCUUCUUUGACGAGAACCGGACAGGGGACCUCAUCUCCCGCCUAACCUCGGACACCACCAUGGUCAGUGACCUCGUCUCCCAGAACGUCAACAUCUUUCUCCGAAAUAUAGUCAAGGUCACCGGCGUCGUUGUCUUCAUGUUCAGCCUCUCUUGGCAGCUCUCCCUGGUUACCUUCAUGGGCUUCCCCAUCAUCAUGAUGGUGUCAGAUAUCUACGGCAAGUACUACAAGCGGCUUUCCAAAGAGGUCCAGAAUGCCCUGGCCAGGGCUAGCAAUACAGCCGAGGAGACCAUCAGUGCUAUGAAGACGGUCAGGAGCUUUGCCAACGAGGACGAGGAGGCCGAGGUGUAUGAUCGGAAGUUACAGCAGGUGUACAAGCUGAACAGGAAGGAAGCCAUGGCCUAUACGUACUACGUGUGGGGCAGUGGGCUCACCCUGCUGGUCGUGCAGGUCAGCAUCCUCUACUACGGGGGCCACCUCGUCAUUUCGGGCCAGAUGACCAGUGGGAACCUCAUCUCUUUCAUCAUCUAUGAGUUUGUUCUGGGAGAUUGUAUGGAGUCGGUCGGCUCUGUCUACAGUGGCUUGAUGCAGGGGGUAGGAGCAGCUGAGAAGGUGUUUGAGUUCAUUGACCGGCAGCCAACCAUGGUGCAUGAUGGGACCUUGGCCCCUGAUCACCUGGAGGGCCGAGUGGACUUUGAGAAUGUCACCUUUACCUACCACACUCGUCCUCACACCCAAGUCCUGCAGAAUGUGUCCUUCACUCUCUCCCCGGGGAAGGUGACUGCCCUUGUGGGGCCCUCAGGGAGUGGGAAGAGCUCCUGUGUCAAUAUUCUGGAGAACUUUUACCCCGUGGAGGAGGGUCGGGUGCUACUGGAUGGGAAACCCAUCAGCUCCUAUGAACACAAGUACCUACACAGAGUGAUCUCCCUGGUGAGUCAGGAGCCUGUUCUGUUUGCUCGCUCCAUCACGGACAACAUCUCCUAUGGGCUGCCCACGGUGCCCUUCACGAUGGUGGUUGACGCAGCCCAGAAGGCUAAUGCUCAUGAUUUCAUUAUGGAGCUGCAGGAUGGCUAUAACACAGAGACUGGAGAAAAGGGAGCCCAGCUGUCCGGUGGUCAGAAGCAGCGAGUCGCCAUGGCCAGAGCCCUGGUCCGGAACCCGCCUGUCCUCAUCCUGGACGAAGCCACCAGUGCCCUGGAUGCAGAAAGCGAAUACAUGAUCCAGCAGGCAAUCCACGGCAACCUUCAGAAGCACACAGUCCUGAUCAUUGCCCACCGCCUAAGCACCGUGGAGAAGGCGCACAGCAUCAUUGUGUUGGACAAGGGGCGUGUGGUGCAACAGGGGACCCACAAGCAGCUGCUGACCCAGGGUGGCCUCUAUGCCAAGCUGGUUCAGCGGCAGAUGCUGGGACUGGAAACGGGCACAGAUGACGACGGUGGAGGGGGUGGGGGUAGCCGGCAGGAGAAGCAGCGCUUCCCCUCCAGCCACCAGGAGCCCCCCGACGGGCACGGCGAGGUGCACAAGGCAUGAAGCCCUCUUCCCUCUACCCUCCAUCCCACCCCAGGAUGGGAGCAGGGCUGCAAUGCCUGAGCUGGCAGAAGCCCCAAGGGAGGCCCAGGGCAGCCCAAGCCAGAGCCUGCUGGGGCCUGAAGACAGAGGCUCAGGACCACUCCCUAGAGGGCGAGGCCUGUUUACUAGUUGAGCACAUUACCGCUUCAUGCUCCCCUCCCCACCUCUACAGAAGACAAGCCCCCUCCUCCUCCUGGCACCUCUGGGCUGGGCUCCUAGCAGAAGCCGAAGGUGUGCUCCCUCCCCGAACACGCUCCCCCUGACCAGGCGGUGCCACCCCCCCUCUUCUGUCUGGCCCUGCCCCCAUCCCUGCCUGAGUCCUGGGGUCACUGGGGGAGGAGGCAGGUCCCUCUGCACAGGCGCCUCCUGGGGAGUCAGAGACCCAUUCUGAAGCAGAGCUCUCCUGGGGCUUAAUCCUUGGGUCCAGCCGAGUGUAGCCCCAUGCAGCUUUUGAUUACUCUUUAAAAAAAAUCAUUUCUCUGUUGAAUAGCUAGGAAAGACUCCGGGUAGUCCUAUGAGAAAUUCCCCAAACCUCUAUUCUCCCUGGGAGCUGAGAGUGACUCAUCCUCCCCACUGGGAAACAGGCCGGUGGUAGCUAUGGAGAGUUAGCGUCUGCCACCGUCCCUGCCCACCCCCUGCCCUCGAAUGGCAUUGGAGACCUCGGGGUCCCAGCUAGCUGAAUCCCUCCCAGGGAAAAGCAUCUCCUUGAUUCCAGAGGCCUCGGGGAGGAGGGCCAGCCCUGCUCCCUUUAUGCCCUUGCCCCCUGCCUGGUGAGUUAAGGAGAGGAGGGUCAGAGGAGGUGGGCGACGGGGCCGGGCCAGGCUGGAGCAAGGGGGAAAUCCUCAGUGUCUUUCUCCCUUCCGUGCCGCUGAAGCCAAGCCAGUCUCACUGUGAACCACGAUGAACCUUAACCCUGGGGAGUGAGGGGCCACAGGGCAGGCCAUGGCACUGCCUCGAGGUGGCUGGCACCCGUGUCCCUGCCAGCGGGCAGCCUCCCCUCCUCCUCUGCUCUCUGCUGUUUGCUGGCCUUUUGACGGUGAUGUUCUGUUGUCUCUGUAGGGUUGCUGGGAGGGUCAGGGGAGGCUGAGCCUGGUUCUGGGCUUUUUCCAAACCCUUGGAGGAGCCCUCCUCUCAAUAAAGUACUACCUCUGUCCCUCCA